UAACGUUAGCUGCAGGAGAGGCGGCGAAGCGCACGUCCGACACCGGAGGAGAAAUUAACCGGCAGAGCUUUUAUUCUCUCCAGCUUCCUUGAGCACUUCAACCUGGCAUUAAAGCCGUUGCUUUGUAUUGAGAAGAUACACGUAUAAAAAUGCCGGACACCAAAAAAUUCAUCGAAAACCUCUCCGGGGCAGGGAAGUCUAUUGGCGUCCUGACAAGCGGCGGAGAUGCGCAAGGUAUGAAUGCUGCCGUGAGGGCAGUUGUCAGAAUGGGAAUCUACGUAGGAGCCAAAGUUUAUUUCAUCCAUGAGGGGUACCAGGGCAUGGUGGACGGAGGUGAAAACAUCAAAGAGGCAUCAUGGGAAAGUGUUUCCAGUAUGUUGCAAGUGGGUGGCACAGUGAUUGGCAGUGCCCGUUGCAAGGAUUUUCGUACCUGCGAGGGACGUUUGCAUGCGGCUUUAAACCUGGUACAGCGGGGCAUCACCAACUUGUGUGUGAUUGGUGGAGAUGGCAGUUUGACCGGUGCUAACCUCUUCAGGGAGGAGUGGAGCGGACUACUGGAUGAGCUCGUCCAAUCGGAUCAAAUCAGUGAAGAAGCUGCUCAGAUUCAUUCUGUGUUACAUAUAGUCGGGAUGGUGGGCUCAAUAGACAACGACUUCUGCGGGACAGAUAUGACUAUUGGCACUGACUCCGCAUUGCACAGGAUCAUAGAGGUGGUGGAUGCGAUAAUGACCACAGCACAGAGUCAUCAAAGGACCUUUGUGCUGGAGGUCAUGGGCAGACACUGUGGGUAUCUAGCAUUAGUCAGCGCUCUCGCAUGUGGAGCUGACUGGGUCCUCAUUCCAGAAAUGCCUCCCAAAGAUGGCUGGGAGGAACAGAUGUGUCAGAAAUUAUCAGAGAAUCGUGCUGAUAAGAAGCGGCUUAAUAUCAUCAUAGUAGCAGAAGGCGCAAUAGACCAAAACAACAAGCCCGUAACCACAGACCAUAUAAAGGAUCUGGUGGUGCGCUGUUUGGGGUUUGACACGCGGGUCACCAUCCUGGGUCACGUCCAGAGAGGAGGAACACCCUCUGCCUUCGACAGAAUUUUGGCGAGUCGUAUGGGUGUGGAAGCUGUGUUGGCCCUGUUAGAAGCUUCCCCUGGUACCCCGGCGUGUGUGGUGUCCCUAUGUGGGAACCAGGCCGUCAGGGUUCCUCUGAUGGAGUGUGUUCAGAUGACUCAGGAGGUGCAGAAGGCCAUGGAUGAAAAAAGAUUUAAAGAGGCUGUAAAGCUACGUGGCAGAAGUUUUGAAAACAACCUGAACACCUACAAACUCUUGUCUCACCGCAAAACGGACGAUGAGCUGCCACAUAAUGGCCAGCAUCAUAGUUCAUUUAAUAUAGCCGUGUUGAAUGUUGGUGCUCCGGCAGCAGGGAUGAAUGCAGCGGUGCGCUCAGCUGUCAGGGUGGGAAUUACUGAGGGUCACACUAUGUUUGCGGUCAGUGAUGGAUUCGAGGGCUUCUACAAGGGGCAGAUAAAAGAAAUAAAAUGGGGUGAUGUCGGGGGCUGGACUGGUCAGGGUGGCUCCCUACUAGGGACAAAAAGAACCCUUCCAGCAAAACAUGUUGAUAAGAUUGCAGAACAGAUGAGGAUUCACAACAUCAAUGCUUUACUGGUUAUUGGAGGAUUUGAGGCAUAUAUGGGACUUAUGGAGCUGCAAGCAGCUCGCUCUAAACACGAAGAGCUUUGCGUUCCCAUGGUGAUGGUUCCGGCCACUGUGUCCAACAAUAUUCCCGGCUCUGACCUGAGCAUUGGGGCAGACACUGCCCUCAACGCCAUCACGGACGCCUUUGAGAGUUUACUGCAGCUGGUGGAUACCCGCAGCAGCUAUGAGGAGUUCUGUGUGCCCAUGUGCAUGCUGCCCGCCACCAUCAGUAAUAAUGUAGCUGGCACUGAUCUCAGCAUCGGAGCCGACACCUCACUCAAUGCCAUAGUGGAGGUAAGACACCUCACCCGACCCAUACCCGAACACCCAGAUGUUACCAUGAAGAUUAGAACCGAUUUGGAGGCACAGUAAAGUUUCUUUAAGGGUGCACUAAGUACUUUGAUAGCUCUUGUUCUUCUUUUUCUACAGACAGUAAUAUAAUCUUUCUAAACAUAUUUGAUACUGUUUUUAUUUAUUUAGCAGAUGCUUUUAUUUUAAGUUGCUUACUAAUAUUUUUUAUUUAAAGGAACAGUUCACUUUCAAAAUAAAAAUGCU